AUCUGAUGGUUAAAAUUUGCUGGAGUAUCUUGUUUCUCCAGCUGUACAUUAAUCAGUCUCAACAAGGUAUAAGCAACAAAAACAACAAUCACUCUCAAUAAAUCCAAACUUCAAUAACCGUCUCCCAACACGUACAGCGUUACCAAUUUUUCAUUUCUCUGCUUAUAAUUUCAAUUUUAAUGCACUGCACCUUCAGCUCCUGGCAAGCAACGCAAAAUUAUCUGCUUUCCUGUUUCCACUCUCUACCAUUGCCUACGGUUUUUGUCUCAGUACAGUGUGAGCGACUCUGAAUUUUGUUUUCUCAUCAGCGGUAUUCGUGCGGUUUCUUAGAUAGCUGAAAUCGCAUCACCGGAAUGGAAUUCAAAUUAGAGCAAAAAGACGCCGCUGAUUGGGUCUACAGAGGCGAAGGUGCCGCCAAUUUAGUCCUAGCUUACACUGGAUCGUCUCCUCUAUUUAUUGGGAAGGUGAUGAGAAUACCUAAAAGAGAAAGGAACGGACCAUCAUAUUGUGGAGAAAAAGAGAAUUUAAAAGAAGUAUUAACCGAAGAAGAGCGAUUGAUUUGGAGCGAACCAGAAGAAUUAGUAAGCUGUGCUACAGAAGAACAAGUGCAAUUGCUUUAUGUGAAGCAUGUUAUGAGCCCUUUGUUAGGCCCAAAGCAUGUAGAUGCCGGUACGCACUUACAAGUAUCCAGGGAAUUUAUUGAAAUAAUUGAGAAGAAAGUGAGCUCUCAGCGUCCUUCUUGGCGAGUUGAUGCUUCUAAGAUUGAUACACAUCUUGAUUCUGUUCUUCUUAUGUCCGACCAUUCUUUGUUUUCCCAUGGUAUUGAUACGGUUAGACCCUGCGUAUCUGUUGAGAUAAAGCCCAAAUGUGGAUUUCUCCCAAUAUCAACAUUCAUAGCUGAUAGGAAUUCAAUAAAAAAGAGCACAACUCGUUUUAAAAUGCACCAAAUCUUGAAGUUGCGGCAAUGUGAGACAUCUGAGGUAAGCCAGUAUGACCCUUUGGAUAUUUUCUCUGGCUCCAAGGAAAGAAUACAAAAAGCAAUAAGAGCUCUCUAUGCUACCCCUCAGAACAAUUUCCGUGUCUUCAUGAAUGGUUCUCUUAUAUUUGGAGGUUUGGGUGGUGGUACCCAAAAAACUAGUAUUGUGAUUGAAAAAGCUUUUGAAGAUGCAUUGAAGGGAGCUAUCCAGGCAAAAGAUGGUCUGUGUACGACAAGUUUAAUAGAGCUAGUUGCUAAGGCGGUUUAUAGUUCUAAAGUACUGGAUAGGCUUCUUGAAGUCCAAAAGCUUGAUAGUUUAGAUAUUGAAGGAGCAAUUCACGCUUACUAUAACAUCAUUUCUCAGCCUUGCAUGGUGUGUAGAGAAUUGGCUGAAGCAGGACUGUCACAUAAGUAUGCCUCCUUGCAUUCUAUUUCCAUGAACGAAAGCUUGAAGAUUGUAAGGGACUAUUUGAUAGCUGCAACUGCAAAGGACUGUAGUUUAAUGAUCAGUUUCAGACCAAGAGAGGAAGGUGAUUUUGGUUCUCCAUACAGCAAUAUAUUCCUGCAAUCAACAAACCAAAACUUUGAUUACAAGGUGAAUUUCCUUGAUUUGGAUUUGAAACCCUUAAAGAAGAUGGAAACCUAUUAUGAGAAGGACAAGAAGAUAUUGAACUCUUAUAUUCAGAUGCUAAAAACAAUGUAUUUGGAAGGCAACAAGACUAUGGAGGUUUAUGAAACCAUCGUGUGAGAUCCAACAAGAGCGUGGAACAAUGUUACUUUGCUAUAAGUUAAAUUGAAGUGGGGUAAACUGCAACCGCUCAUCUGACUUAUUGCCCACCAAAAAGCUGAAUUGAUGUACUAAAUGGUUGUCUCGUGCCUUCUUGGCCACAUCAAUGUCCAUGGCAGGUUAUUCAUAUUAUUUCUCACACAUCUUAGAUUUAUUGACCCUCUGAUUAUGUACAAGAACUGUAUAAAAUUAAUUGCUGAGAACAAUUUCCCUUGAUACUCUUGAUUAGGGGAGUGCAUUCGGUUCAAACCGAACCAAAUUAAUAUGUUGCCUUUUCUUUUCAAAAGUGAAUUGAGCCGAAAUUUGAAGGAUUUGAAAGAUUUAACACCAAACCAAACCAAAUAUGUCGAUCCGGUUCGAUUCUUUGGUUUGGUUCGGGUUUAGCCCACCCCUACGCUUGACUGGUGAGUCUGGCCCACAAGUGGGCAUGGUGAUUUAGGGUUUGAAGGGCAAUCAUGCACUAGCAUCAUUCUUUACCAAGGGUGUACUGUAAUUGUGCUCGAGUAUGAAAUGUGAAAAUAGCUUGUGUUACUUAUCUGAGAUGAAUAUGUGUAGACAUGUUCUAACUUAAAGAACUGGCAAAUGGAGUAAAUUCUGCAUUCAAUAUGUUGGAGGUAACAGUUGAUCUAUUCAAGAACCUUCUGACAGGCAAUUACUUCUAGUCACCUACUUACAUUUACUCAAAUUAUCUGUUGUCCCAAAUCAAAGAAAGUAAAUGUAAAUUGCAUGCAAUUUUAUUGCAUUAUGAUGAGUUAACUUUUAGUGCCAAAUAAUUUAUAUAUAGGAAGAAAUCCUCCCAUACCUUCUGUAGCAGUGUGCUCCAUUCUACUUUUAUAUUUUUCAAAA